AGUGUUACUAUGGUGUAGCUAACUUCAAUGGAGAUACGACCAUGUCAACAUGAACAACUUCUUGCUUUUAUUCGUGCUGUGUCUUCUUAUCAUCAGAUCAAAAUGCGGACCUGAUAUAUUCAAGUUCACAUCACAACCUGUGUCAAAAACUGUUAAUUCUGGUGGAACUGUUACUUUGUCCUGUGUAACUACGAGAAGAACUGGUAUAUCAUACUCCUGGUACAAGCUAGGUACAGCUUUCAACACACCUCCUGAGAACACAGACCUGAUUAGUGGAGCUACAGGAACAGAGUAUGUAGUACAAGCAGCUGAUGUUGAUGAGAGUGGAGAGGAUAAUUUGUUCCAGUGUAAAGCUACUUAUGGAGACGAUAUUAUUCUCAGUGAUGUUGCAACAGUCAAAUAUGCCUUGACAGACAAUAUCGAAUACGAUAGUACUGGAAAGAGCUACAUAGACCAGGUGGUAACAACACCAGAUGAAGAAACUGAAGCAGGGGUUUAUAUGCUCAGAAUACAAUGUAAUGCAAACGAAACCGAUUUUGAUACAUCUAUAACAAAUGGAGAACCUUACGAUGUACAGUGGUUUAAAGAAGGAGAAUCGGGUAGAGUGGAGGAUAACCAUGAUAAUAUGUGGACUUACUACAAUCCCACUAAAUUUGACAAUUAUGAAUUUGAAUUUGCUGGGGAUUAUGAAGUCACACUGAGCACAGUUGAUCGGUAUGAUCUGGUAAUUGUUAGUGUACGAACAAGUGAUAAAGGAAAAUAUUUGUGUAAGGCAGUGUCUAGAGUCAACAAACAAGAAGUUCUCUUAGGGUCAACAGUCCUUACAGUUCCUAUAGAGAAGGAUUAUCCGGUCAAGCCACUAGAUAUAAUUACAGGAUACAUGGUGCUUUCUGUAGAUGAUACUGGGAAGCUCAAACUUAACCCCAAUGUUGGUGACAAGGUGUUACUGAUGUGUGGAGCUGCAUGUAGGACGUCCGGUGGUAGCUACGAUGCUCAAUACCAGUGGAAAGACAGCAUAAAAAACCUUAUAGCAGACACAAGGGAACAUAUUGUUACAAUCGACUCUGUUGGCACAGCUACUUUUACGUGUGAGAUUCUUGAUUCAGAGUGUAAUUCUGAUGUCUCGUCGGAGGAUGUCACGUUUACUAGCUCUCUUGCUGAGAUUAACCCGAUGCUCAAAUUCACAUUCUCAAAGUCUCCUCCAGACUACAUGUGGUAUGACACUUUUGAUAACACGAAGUCUCACACUCCGUUCGAAAUAGGAUGUAAGGGGUCCCUUAGUUCUGGAAACACUGUGUUUCAAAAUGCAGUGUAUAAAAUGCCCGAUCAAUUGACUGGUUUAUCAGUCACUGAAAUAUAUGAUUUCGGCCCAAGUAUUACAUCUGAUAAAAGUGGAGUUUACCAAUGCGGGAUGUCUAAUGAUCCAAACAAAAUGUUGUGGUAUCAGAAGACGACAAACGUUGUCAUUGCUGCUUUCCCUUCUGCUGGGUUCACUCCAACAACUGUUAGUGUACAAGGCGAUACUGCAGCUACAAUUACAUGUACUGUGGGUGGAUAUCCUAUAAAAUCUGUAACUAUCAGCGGACCGAACUCUCUGAGUUUUGAUUGUUUGACUUCAAGCUCUAGUGGGGAUGUUACAUGCAGUUCUACUGAUAAGAUAAACUAUGUGGUUAAUGUAAAUAACUUCAAACUGGAAGAUGCAGGGGAUUACAAAUGCGCUGUCGAAACAAAGUGGUAUAAAAGCACUACUGCUAGUGCAUCAGCUAUAGUGAACUCAGCUUUUGACGACGCUACCUUAUCAUACGAAAGUACAACAGAACUUACAGUCAGUAAAAACCCUGCUGACAAAGGAAAUUCAGUCACGCUAACCUGCGUUGUUAAAGGAUACCCUGAACCCCGUGAACCUGUAUUAUCAAAAACAAUCGACAGUUUAGCUUCAACUAUUGCGAUGACGUGCUCUGGAACUACUACUAAGACUUGCAUAAAAGUGUUUUCCUCUGCAUUGUAUACAAAUUCUGGAGUGUAUACAUGUAAGGGGGAAAAUGGUGUCGCUCAACCAUAUUAUAAAUCAUCUGAUUCUCUCACCCUAGAGAUUGUGGGAAAUGUGGACGCUACAAUAAUCCAGUCACCAGCUAAUUCUGAACUUCCAAAAGGAUCCUCUGUUACUUUCACAUGCAAAGUUGAAGGAAGUCCUCUACCAACGAAACUAAUCUUCAAAAAGGGGACUCAGGUCGUCAAAUCUUAUACUGGUGGCAGCGACUCCACUGUAGGCAAAGAAACGUACCACCUCUCGUACGAGUACUCUAUCAAUCCCUUGAAAUUAACUGACACAAGCGACUAUACUUGUGAAGGAGAAAAUGACAAUGGCGGCACACAAACAGAUAAUGACACCAAAACUCUGACCGUAGUGUCUGAUGUAACUGUCUCCCUCUCAGCCAGUACUGAUGAACCAUCUUUUGGGAAUGCCUUUACUAUAACCUGUACAGCAACUGGAGGACGAAAACCCCACAGUGUUACUCUCGCACAUGAAGGUACUGCGAUCUCUACUGGAGUGUUCCCCUGUACUGAUGACGGAGACUAUUCCAAGAAGUGCACAUAUACACACACUGUUAACGAUUACUCUGUUGGAGGUACAUACACUUGCACUGGAUUGAACAAAGUAGCGGGAAAUGCAGUGCGAACAGAUUUCAAAUCUGUUCAAAUAUUUGUAUCUAAGACUGUUGUGGUGUCCCUUACUCCUGCGAGUGAAACAGAAAUAACCUAUGGGUCUGCAUACACUAUUACGUGUAAUGUCGAAGGAGGCGAUAAACCUCACAAAGUAACUCUCAACAUUCCGGACAGUAGUACCGACAUGACUUGGCAGCGAGGCAGUUCAGGAAAUUCAUUGACGUGUACUGGAGAAUUUAAUCUAGUUUGCAAGUAUGAGAUGUCCAGUCCAGUCUAUUCCAACGAAGGGCAGUACAGUUGCACCGGUUAUAAUAAACUCCCUGGUGAAACCAAUGAGAGGAGUAGUUUGGCGACUGGGUCCUUAGUUGUUGUUAAAAACGUGGAGUUGCAGCUAACAGAUACCAUAACUUCGAAUUUAAACGAAGUUUAUUAUGGAAACGAAUUCAAAAUAACUUGUGUCGCAGAAGGUGGCAGGAUUCCAUUCUAUCUUGAGCUAAUUCAGACUCCUUUCGACAGUUCAACGCCUAAAGACCUUGUUUUAUAUGACACCACAGCAUCAAAGACUCCAGACUCUGUAACAGUGGAUGAUGGUGGAAAUACCUUGACGUAUGUUAGCAGUGUUACAAACUCCGGUUAUGAUGAUAUUGGAACCUACAAGUGUUUGUCCAAGAAUAAAGCUGCUUUGAUGGCAGAACAAGACGCUGAAGAUGAGGUGGACGUCAUAGUGGUCAGAAACGUGAAGAUUGAUCAGAUAGACAAUAUCAAAGUUGAUUUUGGGACCUCAUUGGUUUAUAACUUUCAACUUAAUGGUGGUCGGUCACCACACUUGGUGAAGUUGGACAUUGAAACUAUCAACAUUUUUCAUUGGGAAGGUGAUUCAAACGUGUGCACUGGGACCAAUACACUGACGUGCACAAAAACGAUCGGAGCAAAAGAUGUAAAUUGGGCCUAUGAUGGGACUUUUACGGUUACUGCCGAAAACAGAGCAAUGAACAAUGGUGUAAUGACUGAUACUAUGGAAUUUUCUGUCACAGUGUACAAAGAUGUCGUGGCUACAAUCACACCCAGUUCAGAAGAAACUAUUACUUACCACGAGGAUAAAAUCAUCACCUGUAAAGUUGAAGGUGGGCUGUCACCCCACCAGGUUGAUCUUAUCCUGCCUAAUCUAGGAACCAAAACAUGGAAAAAAGAUGGAUCAGUGGAAUCCCUCACAUGUUCUGGUGAACAUGUACUAACUUGUACACAUAAUUUUACACCUGAGUACGACUCGGACGGUGACUAUAUGUGUAAGGGAUACAAUGAAGGCCGGAGUGGUCAGAUAGAGAACGAGUCAGGGGUCAAAUUAACAACCGUGAGACAAACACAGGUGAAUGUCUCGAAAGAGACAAUAUCAGUACUUACUAAUGGGGUUAUCGAAAUAGAUUGCAUCAUUGUUGGAAAGCCCUUGGUCGAUAAGUCCUCUGUCACCUGGACACAUAGUAAAGAUUUUGAUUUUAAUGAAUAUGUAAAAACUGUUGAUGGAACUGAAGAUAACUUCACACUGAUUUCUAAGCUCACUUUGACGAAACUUGUGGCAGAAUACAAUGGAACCUUUAACUGUAAUGUCGCAGAUCAUGACGGUGAAAAUAUAUCAAAGGCAGUAAAUGUUUUCAUAAAUAACCGGGAAUUCUUAGAACCACCAAAAGUCAAUUACAAUGACGCGGAAUUCAUUGAGACGGGUUCUCAGAUAUUUAUCACUUGUUUUGUCCAAGGAUUUCCCGCACCGUCAGCAAGUCUAACCUCUGAAGGACAAGACAGUAUGUUAGAAACCACUGAACGUCCAACUAUAACUUCUACGAAGUUUGUGUUCAGUGUCACAACAACAUGCGACUAUCUUAAAUUGAAUUUCUCCUGUAACGUCAAAACUACGACUUCAUCAGAAGUAUUGAAAGAGUCUACGCAAAUAGUUGGUCCUAGUAUUACUGGGUGUGAAAAUCCCCUGCCAGUUAUACUAGGAGGGGGUAUUGGAGGCGGAGUUGUCUUCAUUGUCCUCAUCGCAGUGGUAGUCUUCUUUAUUCUCAGAAGAAUCAAAGUUAAUAAAGACAAAUCCUAUACUCCAAAGAAUGGAGCUGAAUUCCCGAAUCCAACCUUUGUUGCUGACCCUACCUACGCUACAGUCGGGGACAACAACCAGGUUGGUGCAACAGGAGGGUAUUCUCAUCUGAACCGACCAGCUGGUGAAACAGAUGAAGAGGGCUACGCUUGUAUUGGCCAGUUAAAACCGGGCACUGCAAAUAUACAUCCCACCGGAGAGGAUGCUUACGCUACCCUGGAUACUACCUCUAACGGGAUGUUGGGACUCAGAAGACAAGGAUCUAACGAAACAUACGCGGCCCUUAACCGUCCUGCUCCUGGGAAAGCGAAACGAGGAGUUAUCAGCAAGUAUAAGCCGAUGUCCAACAAGCCUAAAACCUUUGGUAUGCCCCCCAACAAACCUGCUACUGAUGACAUUGAAAUGGGAGAAACGAGUCAUGGUGGUCAGCCUGACCCCACAUAUGCUACCGUCAAUCCACAAACACUGAAGUCGAAAAUGAAACCAUCAAAUUAUGCGGAUGUUACGUUACCUGAUCUUCCUCCUGAAGUCCCGAUAUACGGAAACUCUUCUCUCAUCCAGCGGCCGAUACCAUCUGAGUAUGCUGAUGUAACGGUAGCACCUCCUCAGACCCCAUACAACAUGGCUGACAGACAGCGGCCGAUUCUAUCUGAGUAUGCGGAUGUCACAUUACCUGGGCCUCCUGAAGUCCUAUACAGCAACAUGGCUAAUAGACAGGACAACACCCCUGAGGAAGAUCCAGUGUACGCUCAAGUUGACCUGAAAAACCGAACAUUGCCGCAGCGGAGAGUUGAAGAAGAGGAGGAUCUACCACCUGAUGUCCCUGUGUACGGAACUAUAGGACAACUAACGGAACCCGACAUUCCUGACUUUGAAGAUGAGGACCCUUACGCCACGGUUGAAUUUGUUCCCAAAUCCAAGCGAAAACCUCCUCGCCCCAAACCGAAAGAGAACGCUAGCGAGGGUGUUUAUGCUACUAUCACAGAUAUCAAGGAAAAUCUUUAACAGGGAUUGUAUUCGUGUAAUGAAUGAAAUAGUUGAGUGUUGCUAGAUUAGUUAGUUAAAGCAAUGUGAGUCAAUGAAUAUGAAAUCCGCAGAAUGGACAAGGAAUGUAAAGUUGGGAAGAAAUGUCGUAUAUUGUACAUUGUACAUACUAUAAAGUAACUGAUAGACUGAAUUUGUGAAAUUUUCGCUGUAAAAAGAAUGUGUUUUUGACUUGAUGAUGAUGUCAGAUAUCUUAUUAAAUGGUGUUUAAAAAAGCUAAUCUGUUAUUUUAAACUAUUCAGAUACUUAGCUGAAUUAAAGUUGGCCUGCCUUAAAAUUUACUGUAAUUUAACAGAAUUUCCACUUUAAGAAACUUGGUAUGUCACUUCAGUGACUCACUUGCCAGCGAAUUUAAACGACUGAUAAUAAAUAUUUCUAAUUAUAAGGAUUUUUGUUCACAAACUCAAAUUUGUGUAACGAUGCCUCCUUUUUCAAGAAGUUCACCUAGUUUGAAAUUUCUAAAAUAUUUGUAUGUAAGGUAUCGUCCAACAAUAAACAGUUUACACGGUUUUACUGUUGCUUAAUGCUUUAAGUUUAAUGAUAAGAGCUUUAUCUUUUACAUCGAUUAAGGGCUGUGACUUGGAGAAGCCCCUUUAAUUUUAUAAUUUUUUUAAUGCAGAAUUUGAUCAGAUGCAUACUUAUUUUGACAGUAUUAUUUUCGUGAUUGAUGGGACACUUUAAAUUCAGACCCGCGGCGCGUAAAUAAUUUUUAUUUACACAUGAUUUCACAUUUUAAACAAUAAUGCUCUGACUUGCGGUGGCAUCUACACCAUACACAUUAAUCCAUCGAUUUUUCAUAUCAGACUAUGGUGAAAGUUUAGCUACAAAUGAAUGUACUGGUAAUUUCCUAAUAUUUUAAUUCGUUCAGUUCACGGUUCCAUUAUUUAGACCAUGAAUAAAAAUAAA